CCCCCCUUUUGGUGAUUCUUUUGCUGAAGAAGUUUGUAACCCUAAACCCUGCAAAUUCCAAUCCGUAAAAUUUGCUGCGAUAAUAAGGAAAAUUCCAUCUCUCUUCCUAUUACAGUCUACAUUUAUAUUCAUCCACUCAUUCUAGUUUUCAUUUCUAUCUACAAAGUUCAAUUUCGAAUUUCGUAUUUCCAGCAUCAGUGAUUCAGUUUAAGAUACUUUUCGGCGAAGAGAUUGAAGGAUUUUUUCGACGAUUCCAAAAAAUUAAAAGAUAAAAUGGAAGCAAAGUAUUUCCGGAUCUUGAGGCUAUUAGGAACUGGUUACAAAGCUAGAGCUGAAGCAGACGGUCGCUUGUUGUGCCUAAAACUGGGUUACAGCCAUGAAGUUGAAUUGCCAGUUCCAGCAGCUGUUCGUGUCUUCUGCUUUAAACCUGACAUGAUUUGCUGUGCUGGGAUUGAUAAAGAACGAACACAUCAGUUCGCUGCUGCGGUUCGGAGUGUCAAACCCCCUGAUUCAUACAAAGAGAAAGGUAUGCGUUACAAAGAUGAAGUCAUAAAGUUGAAACCUGGGAAGAAGGAUAGAUUGAAGUAAAAGAGGUUUAUUUUUGUGCUCAGCAGAAAAUGUGUCUGCGCAUUGCUGACUAGAGUUUAUAAGUUGAGUUUGUAGUUUGGCUCUGCAAAGUAAUGAUUGCUUUAUGAUUUACAAGCAAUUUCUAGGCAAUGAUUCUUGCUGGAUCUUCUUCGAAUGAAAUUGAAUAAUGUUCAACUUUGAAUUAUUCAUGUUGUAGAAGAUUUGUGCUAAUUUCAAAACUCUUUUUCCGAGAUAAGAGCAGCAAUGAAGAAUCUUAUUAGUGGUCCAAA